AUGGCGUAUUCCCCUAAACCUAGGAAGGCCAAGUCUCGCAGAAAGCAACAACAACUCACACAAGACUUGAUCAGUGAUUUGUCUGAUUGUCUUCUCAUUCACAUACUGUCUUUUUUGGAUGCAAGAGAUGCCGUUCGAACCUGCAUUUUGUCCAAAAGAUGGAUCAAUCUUUGGAAGACACUUUCCACUAUUGUGAUAUUAGAUUAUCCUAAUUUCGAUGACCGAAAAUAUGAACGAUUUGUAUAUCAGAUUUUGUCACUACGUGACAAUUCUACCGAUAUUCACACUCUUCAACUUCACCCCACUUUUAUGAAAAAGCGAAGCCACACAUUAGUGUCUAGGAUACUGAAAUAUGUUUUUUCACACAAUGUCCAACGCUUACUACUUGACUUUCAAACCCUUAAGCCCAAUUGUUUUUCUUUUUCAUGUUCUACUCUAAAGUCCCUCAAACUUACCUGUGGUGAUUUUGUUUUUGGUGUCAAUACUGAAUUUCCAAAUUCUCUUCAUUUUCCAGCAUUAGCCACCCUAUCUCUAAGCUACUUUACUUUUACUUCCAAUCAUGAUGGUUGUGCUGAACCAUUUUCCACUUUUAAUAUGUUGAAUACGUUGAUCAUCAACCAAUGUGUAGUCUUGAAUGAAAAAAACCUUUGCAUAUCAAAUACUAGACUUGAAAAUUUAUCUAUAACUAUGCAUCGCGAUAAUUAUCCUAGAACUUUAUUCAAAAUCGAGUUAUGUGCUCCAAAUCUUCAUACCUUCUCUUAUAUUGGUAAUCAUAUUUCAAAACUUGUUUGUAGCAAGAGUAUUUUCUCCUCUAUCAAACAGUUACUUAUUAAUGUCAGGUGUUUUGAUAUGUAUGUGGGGUACUCACCAAUUAUAUGCAAUUGGUUGGAUGAAAUUUCUAAUAUUGAAUCAUUGACCCUUGAUACAUAUACUCUUGAGGUUCUUUCCUGUUUUCCUGAUUUUCUCAAGCUUGAGCCACCUUCCCUUUUAAACUUAAAGUCACUCAAAAUAGAAACAUAUCGCCUUUCCGAUGUAUCUGAAUUUGACAGAACCGUAGACUUUUUGCUUCAAAAUUCACCCUUGGCAAAGGUUGAGAUCAUUCUUGUAGGUGCGUUUUUUAUUUCCCAUGAUAUGUUAAAUUUGAAUAAUUUAUAA